GCAGACUGGAGCAGCAACAACAGAAGCUCCUCCCUUUCAGCACAUCUGGAGAGGCACAUAGCAGCAGUCCGUCUGAGUAUAUCUGUGUCUCUAAACUGACCAGGAUCAAGUCAUACAAUUGGAUACCCUUUUCUUGCAGACCAAGUGCAACUCCUCCACCUAACUUCAGCCAGCUGCUUUCCUGAACACACGCCGGUGCUGUAUUAACGCGACUCAGAUCAAAGAGUCAAACUUCAGCCUGUCCAUCAUCACUGACUGGCAGCACCUACUAACAGGAUGCCAUUAGGAGGAGGUAACAAGUGCGGCCGUUGUCAGAAGACAGUUUACUUUGCAGAGGAGGUACUCUGCGAUGGGCGGAGCUUCCACAGAUCCUGCUUCCUGUGCAUGGUGUGUGGGAAGAACUUGGACAGCACAACUGUUGCUGUUCAUAUGGAUGAAAUCUACUGCAAGGCAUGCUACGGCAAGAAGUACGGGCCAAAAGGCUACGGUUACGGCCAGGGAGCCGGAACCCUCAGCAUGGACAAGGGAGAGUCUCUGGGUAUAACACCUGAAGAAACUGCUCCGCAUCGCCCUACCACAAACCCAAACCCAUCCAAGCUGGCUCAGAAGUUUGGAGGGUCAGACAAGUGCCCUCGCUGUGGCAAGGCUGUCUACGCCGCAGAGAAAGUCAUUGGAGCUGGGAGUUCAUGGCAUAAGGUUGGAUGUUUCACCUGUGCCACAUGUGGGAAGAGCCUUGAGUCAACCACACUCGCUGACAAGGACGGCGAAAUCUACUGCAAAGGAUGUUACGGUAAAAACUUUGGUCCCAAAGGAUUCGGAUACGGACUGGGCGCCGGGGCGCUGGCGCACACUCAGUAGGGACCACCCGCUGACUGCUUUCCAGAGUUCUGCACUACUAUCUUCUUCCUGCAGAGGGCAGACUGCUGACAGCAAACAUGCACCUGACAAACACAUGCUUGAUUCAAAAGCUGCAUCAUGAACUGUGCAGCAGAAAAGAUUACACCAUCUUACUUGUGCUGUUCACAGUAAAUCGUGACCCACACACCACACUUAGUAUUGGAUUAUCUAUGCAUUUAAAGCCUGUUUUUCUCUGCAAGAUUCACAACAGUCUGUGUAACACAGUAAAUGCUGCUUAUUUACAUGUCAUGGCUUCCAAACAGCAUGAUAAUAAAUAAAAUGGAAAUAUAAUGAUUUUAGUG